AUGUCAACCGCAGAAAUUAAUCAAUCAAAUGAUUACACAUCAAAAAAAAAUAUAUUGCUUACAGAUCAUGAUGACGAUGAUUAUGGUUUAUUUCUGAAAAAUAAUUCCGACAUUCCCAACCACAAUUCUAACAUUCCUAAUUCUAUUUUGAAUAAAAAAAACGCAAAACAACCUAGAACUUCAAUAGAUUCUGUUAGUUCGGAAAGAACACUAAUUUUUGAAGAGCCAGACGAAGAAUACUUACCGACGCAAAAUUUACUUGAUCAACGUAUCAAUAAUGAAUUUCUAGUGCUAAUGAUCAUCGUCUCCAUAAUAUCAUAUGUCGUUGGAUAUUAUGAUUUGACUUUUGUUUGGUUGAAAAGAGGUGACGGUGAAACAGUUGAAUGGUUAAAUUAUUUACUUCAACAAGUAUGGAGAACAUUUGAUCCAUCUUUAUUAAUUGGUCUUAGAGAUAUGUUAGAAGAUGCAAUGUCUCGUAGUUCCCCAUCAUUUGUUAAAGCAACAGAUAUCGAAUCAUUUGAAAUUGGUUUAAUUGCUCCAAGAAUUGAAAAUAUAAAAAUAUUAGCAAGACGUGAAGAUGAAGACGAUGAAGACAUUGGUGAAGCAACAUUUUCAUUUAGAGCGAAAUCGUCAGCACAUAAACCACAAGAUUCUCCACCACAUAUAUUAGCAUGGAUAAAAACCGGAAUUUCAGCAACUAUCCCGAUCAAAGUUGAACUAACCGGUUUUGUUGCUUCGAUUCAUUUUGAAAUAAAAAUUACUGGCGGUCCACCAUUUUUAUCGACUUGUAGAUUUAGUUUUUUGAAAUUUCCGAUUUAUGAAACUAGUAUUAUGCCUUUGAUACCAAUGAAUAUCGCUCAAUUCCCCAUUAUAAAACAAUUUAUUAGAAAUACAGUGCAAACAGUUUUAGAAGAAUUUACUUAUCCAAAAUUUAUUGAUAUUGACCUUGAACAAAUGCUGUCAGGAGAUGAUAUUUUACAUGAUACUGAAACACUUGGAAUAAUGAGAGUAGAUAUUUACGAAGCAAGGAAUUUAACAAAAGUAGAUGUACACGGGGAAAAUGACCCAUACGUGAUGUUGUCACUUGAUCCAGCACCAUACGCACACACGCAUAUGUCAACUCGAGUGAUAGAAAAUUGUGCAAGUCCGAUUUGGCAUGAAACUUUUUUUCUCAAAAUGCCACAAAUGGAUAUUGUUGACGAACAUGUCAAGUUUAAGUUGGGUGUUAUGGAUUGGGAUAGAUUAACUACUGAUGAUCAUAUUGGAUCGAUGUGGAUUGAUAUUAAAGAUUAUAUUGGAAAUGGUGAUAAACAAAUCAAAAUACAUGACGGUUGGGCAACUCUUCAUCAGAAACCAACAGAUCCAGUUUCUCAUGGUCAACUAAAAUGUAGACUUGAAUUUUUCCCAAAAUUACCUAAUGAUAUGACUGAUCCUUCUCUAACCGCUGGUAUUUUAGGUUUACAAAUUCAUCAAGGAAUGAAUUUACAAUUAACGGCUGCACCAUAUAAUGAUGAUUCAUCAACAAUAUCAAUGGCUGAUAAUCAUUAUAAUAUAAAUUAUCCAAAUCCAUACGUGGUUGUCUAUUUGAAUGAUGCUAUAGUAUAUCGUACUAGAGCAAAAUUAAACAAUAUUGCACCAUAUUGGAAUGCAUCAACAGAACAAUUUGUCAAAGAUUGGAGAAAAGCAAUAGUAAGAGUUGUAGUCAAAGAUCAAAAGGAUUUAGAGUAUGAUCCUGUUAUUGGUAUGGUUACUGUACAACUCAAAGACAUAUUUGAUAAAAAAGAUAAAAAGAAGGAAUUAUCAAAAUGGUAUCCACUUCGUCAUGGAGUAGGAUGUGGUAAAGUGAGAUUGAGCUUUCUAUUUAAAGCUAUUGAUAUAAAAUUGCCACCUGAAGAAAGGGGAUAUGAUGUCGGAACAUUAUUUGCUCAUUCGUUUGUUGCAGAAGAUUUACAUGCUUCUUUAAGAACAAAACAUAACUUAUAUUUAGUAUUAUCGUUAAAUCAAUCUGAAAUUAAACUAACAACCCAAGUAUCAAAAAGAUCAAAUCCACCAACUUGGUUAUGCAAUAACGACAAUAACAACGAUCAGUCAACAUCACAUUCAAAUGAUAAUAACCAACAAGAACAAUUUCAAGUAGCAAUAUUUAAAAGAUACAGAACAUCAUUAAUUGUCAAGGUGAAACGUAGAGGUAUAUUUGGAAUGAAUUCUACGGUGGGAGUGGCGGAACUUCGGCUAAAAAAUAUUACAGAUUGUUUGGAACAAGAAAUUGAAGUACCAAUUUUUGAAGGUUAUGAUCCUAAUUUUAUACUCGAAAAUGAUUUCAAAAUAAUUUCUGGCGGAAAUGAUGAUCUCGAUGAUUGUGGAAAUGGAAGUGAGCAAGAAGGCGUAAAAAAAGGUAAUAGUGAUAAUGAUAAUGUAGGCAAUAAAUCAAGAACUACCGCUUCUUGUAAUAGUAGUGCUGCUAGUGCUACUGGUGACAGUAGCAAAAAAGCAAAAUCACUAUCUAGUGAGGUUGAUGGCUUUGCGGACAACGCUAACAACUGUGAUGACGAUAAUGACGAUCAACAACAGCAUCAAGAAGAAGUAUCUAAUUCAAAGAUUGAUAAUAAUAAUAAUAGUGGUAGUCAUCAGAAUGAUUCCAACAACAUCACUACUCAAAACACUCCAACCACCACCACUACCACAAUCGCUGACAAUUCUACAAGCACUUCAGCUACUAUCGCCGAUGCUUCCAAUAACUCCACCAGCGCUGUGAAUAAUCAUAAACAUAAAGUUAUUGGCCAUUUAAAAUUCAAAGUCUACUUUAAACCAGGUUUAUCAUUAGCACACGAAGAAGAUGUUAAAAAGAAAUUGACCGGUGCAGAUAUAAGCAUUCUAUUUAAUAAUUCCAAUGAUAAUAAUAGUCCUAGUAGUACAGUUUGUGGUGACUAUGAAUCAUUUAUUCAUAAUAAUAAUAAUGAUAUGAUGUCAACAAGAGAAAGGGGAUUACGUAAAUGUGGAGGUGGAGGCGAAGUUGGAUCCGAUGAAAGAAGAAUUAAUAGAGUACAUAGUCGCAAAACUAUGAGACAAUUACAAUGGUUUAAAGAUUUACUUAAAGCCAAAGUUGUUUUAAUGGCAGGUAAAAGAAAUUGGGAAGAAUAUGAUAAGGUUGAACAAGAACUUUAA